AUGCAAUUUGGUGCCAAACCUGAUGCAAUAACGGAUAAUAGCAAGGCAUUAAGCACUGCAUGGAGUGAAGCUUGUACAAAUAAUGGAGGGGGUGUUGUUUUAAUACCAGCACUUGGAAGGUUCUUGGUUUUGCCAUUGCUUCUCCAAGGUCCAUGCCAUGGCUUCAUUCAUAUACAACUUGAUGGUGAACUAUUGGCUCCCCUCAACGAGAAUACUGGUGACUACUGGCUUAGUAUCGAUAAAGUCAACAACCUUUUCAUUGAUGGUUUAGGUCGCUUGAACGGUCGCGGUUCUACUGCUUGGCCUUCCGCCUCACAUAAUCGUCCUAUCUCUAUGAAACUAACUGGUAUCAACAAUGCGAGAAUCAGCAAUAUAAAAUCAUAUAACAGCAAACUCUUCCAUUUUGCUGUGCAUGGAUGUCGUGAUGUUACGUUUGAUCACGUUACAGUGAUAGCUCCAGCAAACAGUCCAAACACAGAUGGAAUCCACGUUUCAUUAUCAAGUGGUAUCAACAUCAUGCAUUCAACAAUAGGUACUGGAGAUGAUUGCAUCUCCUUGGGUCCUGGAAGCAAAUUCAUCAACAUAACUAACGUUCAAUGUGGUCCUGGUCAUGGAAUCAGCAUUGGUAGCCUUGGAAAGUACCCAAACGAAGAAGACGUCUUCGAAGUUACAGUAAGAGACUCCACAUUCCUUGGCACAACUAACGGUGCAAGGAUCAAAACAUGGUCAUCUUCAUAUUCCAACAUGGUUAGCAAGGUCACAUUUCUCAAUCUCCAAAUGAACAACGUCAAAAAUCCUAUCAUCAUCGAUCAAAGUUAUUGUCCACACUCUUGUGGUCCAAAUGAAAUGAGUCAAUCAAAGGUGCAGAUUAAAGAUGUGAGAUAUGAAGGCAUAAGAGGGAGUUCAAAUACACAAGUGGCAGUAGAUUUUGAAUGCAGCCAAGUUUUUCCAUGUCAAGGCAUAGUGUUACAAGACAUUAACCUUCCUUUUAAUGGUGGUGGAAGGACAACAGCCAACUGUCAUAAUGUUAGAGGUUCUGCUUUUGGCCAUCAAUUACCUCCAUCUUGCCUUUAG